AUGUUUGCUAAACCCUAUCUGUACGUUCACUUACAACCAUCAGGAAAUGAUUAUAGCUCUGUUCUUAACCUCUAUUCGAGCUAUACUCUUGAUUUGGUUCAGGAAGUGUCCAUCAAAGAAUGUAAACUACUCCAAGCUGUCAAUUCAACGCUGUAUUUAGAUACUGAUGAGGGUAUAUCAAACACCCAGCUUGUUUCAUGGAAAGAUCUCGUCGAUCGUAGUACAAAAGAGGGUAAAUUCGAAGAGGCACUCGGAUUAUUAGAGUCCGUCGGCUUUACACAAGAUCAAUCGAGUGACAACAACCAAGAAUUUCAAGAAUUUCGUCUCAAAAUCCUUCAAUUAUAUUCCAUCAGUUUGGUAGACGCGGACGAAAUAGAUGACGCAAUAGAUGUCUUUAUUGAAUUAGAAACUAAUCCAGCGAAAGUCAUAGCCCUCUUUCCAGAGAAUAUAUCAGGAAGGCUAUAUAUUCCACAAGAGAAUUGGAACAGCAUCUUUGGGGAUUUCGCCAAGCUCUAUAAGGGGACUAUUGACAAUAAUGAGAUCAUAAACUCAACUUCGAUGUCAUCUCUGCGAAGUGGAAGUGAUACAGCUUCAUUGAAGAGCAAUAAAGUCUCCCGGAAUAGCAAAAUCGAAGCAUUGUUACGAUAUUUGACGGAUAGGAGGCAGAAAGUAAAAGGAGCUAUACAUCAACAUCCCUCAGAAUCAUUUAUUAAUGUUAAGUUGACUGAUUAUACGAAAGAGCAGCUAUUGGAAUUGCCAAGUAGGAGUGCCGAUACGCUCAAUGUGGACCAGCUCGCUGUUCUUGCGGGUGUUGUUGACACCGCUCUUUUUAAGGCUUAUAUUGAAACGAGACCCGCACUCGUCGGUUCGCUAUGCCGUUUAGAAAAUUAUUGCCAACCUGAAGAAGUUGAACAGUCGCUGCUUGAUCGCAAAAAAUUUGAUGAACUUGUUUCCUUAUAUAAGAGUAAAAACAUGCAUGAAAAGGCUCUCGAUCUACUCAAGGGGUUAACUCUUGAUGAAGAGGAAGGCAAGGACAUCGAUUCAUCUGUCAGCUAUAUACAGCAGUUAGGAAGCGAGUACAUUGAUCUGAUAUUGCAAAAAUCGAGAUGGAUGUUCGAUGUAGAUAAACAAACAGCUAUACAAAUAUUCAUAGCAGACGAUGAAAGAGUCGAAAGCUUACCUAAAUUGCGGGUGGCAGAGUAUUUGAAUUCUUUCGACAUUGGACUUGGGUUGCAGUAUCUUCGGUAUGCAAUCAAAGAGUUAAACGAUCAGGAUCCCAGCCUACACAAUUACUUUGCAGAUACUCUGCUCCAAGCUGUUUUGCGGAAUAGAAAGACUGAAGAGUUCCAGACAAUUUAUGACGCUUAUUUAGACUUUCUCCGGUCUAGCCAUCAAUACGCUCCUAAGGCUAGACUCAAAGCCAUACCAAUAGAUGAUUUAUACCGUGCUCGGGCAAUCUUGGUAGACAGACUGGGCAAAUAUGAAGAUGCUUUGAGGAUAUAUGUCAAGAAUCUAAACGAUUUCGACAGCGCAACCCGGUAUUGCGUUAAAGUUGAGAAAGAAGAUAAGGAAAUCUUCAGUAAAUUGCUCAAAUUUUAUCUUAAGGGGGAUAAAUCGACGUCGCCCGGUUCUCAAUCAAGUUAUUUUAAAGCAACGGCAAUAUCACCAUCAUACAGUACGAUGUCGGAUGAAGGUGAUAAUAUGAAUGAAAUUAUAUCCUUGUUGUGCAACUUUCCGACCAAGUUUGACAUACAACAAGUCUUGCAGUCCUUACCAGGAGACGUCCCCUUACAAGAACUUCAGCGGUUUCUACUUAGAAACUAUAAAGCCACCAGUAGUAACCAGCGAUGGGGCAGUGUCGUUAGUAAUAUUCGUAAAUCGGAGAAUGAGAGGCUGGCGAUGAAGCUUGUUGACCUUGAGAGUCGAUAUGUCGUCAUAGAUGAUAACAGAAUUUGUCCCGAAUGCAAGAAGAGAUUAGGAAAUAGUGUCAUAUCAGUGCACUCACCUAAUGGACAAGUUACACAUUUUGGAUGCAAAGAUAACUUUACUAUGAAGUUACAGAAGAUAAGGAGAUAUGACAUUUAUGUAGACUAA